GGCUACCUAUCAUUCACAUAUCCUCCCCCUCAACUUUCUUCAUUACCACAAAUCAUUUGUACUUUGAGAAAAAAAGCAAGAGGAGGAGAUUUAUAAUAUAUUUUCAUAUUCUAAAAUGAAAAGUGCUAAUACGGCUGGAAGCACUCCAGUAAGAAAUAGAGAAAUGGAAGAUGAAAAUGAAAGUAGUGGCAGCAUGCGAACGGUUGAGACUAUGCUGCGUUUGUUGCCUAUGGGGCUUUGUGUUGUGGCUCUUGUUAUAAUGCUCAAGAACUCACAAACUACUGAGUAUGGUUCACUUUCCUACUCUGACCUUGGAACCUUCAGGUAUUUAGUACAUGCAAAUGGUGUUUGUGCAGGCUAUUCUCUUCUAUCAGCAAUAGUGGCAGCCGUACCUCGCCCUAUAACCAUGUCUAGAGCCUGGACUUUCUUCCUCCUUGAUCAGAUACUGACAUAUGUAAUACUGGCUGCUGGAGCUGUGUCAACGGAGGUGGUGUAUCUGGCAUAUAAAGGCGACACAGCGGUUACAUGGAGCGAAUCAUGUGUUUCAUUUGGAGGUUUUUGCCACAAAGCCACAGCAUCUGUGUCCAUCACUUUCAUAGUAAGCCUUUGCUAUGCAGGGCUUUCACUGCUCUCGUCUUAUCGGCUUUUCAGCAAAUAUGAUGCACCAGUUGGGUUCUAUAACAACAAGGGGGGAAUUGAGAUUGCUAACUACUGAGAUUUUGAUAUUGAUCCAUGGUCAGGACAUCUGCAUAUCCCUCUUAGUUUUUAGCUCAGUAACGCACUAGUUUUUGGUUCCUAUUUGGUUCCUACCAUCUCAUGUACACGGCUAAUACUAAUAAAAUAGGCGAUUAGGUAUAAUGAAUGAUGUUGCUUCACUUUUUUUUUUUUUCAUGAAAAGGUUGUUGUUUCACUUGAAUAUUAUCUGGUAAAUUUGUGACCUUCAAAUCA